AACAAAAAACAGCUGUGUGUGCGAAAAAAACACAACAAAAGUGAAAUAGGGAAAUUUAGUGCAAUUUUCCAGUAAAGUUCAAUUACUAACAAUUAUUUAUUAUUUAAUUGUAUUUAAAUUUAAAAUCAAAGCGUUUAAGACAUGGCCAAUAAGGAAAUAUUUUCAAAACACAUAAAAUCCAAUGUUAAAUUGGCCACACGUUACGAUGCAGAAGGGCGUGAAGUACAAGUGGAACGUCGGGAGGAUGUUGAUGCUACCGCCAAGGAGCAGGAAACAUUCGAUAUGUUAAUAAAGGCUGGCUACUAUCGAGCAUGUAUUAGAGGUUUGUCGGCAUUUGAUAAAAUCGUUGGUGGUAUGACUUGGUGCAUAGAAUGUUGCGAUUAUGAUGUCGAUGUGGAUUUGUUGUUUCAUGAAAAUUUAACAAUUGGACAAAAAAUUGCUUUAGUGGAAAAAAUUGUUGCUGUAUUACCACAAAUGAAAUGCCCCUUUCGCAUAGAGCCACAUCAAAUACAAGGUUUGGAAUUUCUAAGUAUACACCCAGUAAUACAAUGGCUGGUUAAAAAAUCGGUGGAAAAUAGAGCUGAAAGAAAUUUACGUUUGAAACGAUUUGCUAUUGGUCAAUCCCACAAUCACUAUCAGUAUAAAAGUGAUAAACAAAAUUUGGAGAAAAUACGCAAUGCCUCCAGCCAUAUCAAAAGGAUACAAGAACUAUAUAAUCCCGUCCGUCAAUAUCAACGCAAAGAUUUAACAGAUGAAGAUGAAAAGACCAGAGUUCAUUUGACUUUAUUGGAAUAUGGUGAUAUGCUGGCCGCUUCUAGCACAAGCCAGAGCAAUGAAAAUACGGACGAUCCUUUGAAUGAUGAUGUGGACACUCAACUUGAUGUUGAAAAGUUACUUAAAAAUCUAGUUCUUACCAAUGAGGACGCAGUGGGAUCUCCCCAAAAGCUGGACAGUGCCACUCGCAUGGCUCUAAAACAACAUUAUCAAGAAUUUAUACAGGAAAUGGCAACAGAUGCUAAAGAACUAACCGAACAAAAUCAAAUAAAAUCUCUAGAAAUUGCUAAACAGGCCUUACAGCGAAAAUUGGAGCGCAAUCAAAAUGAGACCAAAGAGGUUUUGGAUUUGUUACAGCAACAGGCGAAUUUAUAUGAAAAUGAAAAGGCACAACAUGAUGAGUUAACAAAAGAAAUAGAGGAAUAUAAAAAAGUCGAACAAAGUGUGGAUGUGAGCCUUUUGGAAAAGGUACAAAAACUUCUUAAACUUCAUGAUGAACUAAAAAAGGAAGAAUCUGAAUUUAAAGAACAUUGCCGUAAAGAUUUAGCAGAUCUGCAACAACAAAUUGAAGAACUCGAAAUAUUUAAUGCCCAAGAUCCUGAGGAACGUGAACAGGUGGUAUCGAAAGAAAAAGAACGCAUACAAUUACUUAAACUGCAAUUAGCCAAACGUAAUAGAGGCAUAAUGGCCAUACAACGACAAUUGGAUAAUACACCAGACCGUACUGAACUGGCACAAUAUCAAAGACGAUUCCAUGAAUUAUACAAUGAAAUGAGUUCAAAGCACUUAGAAACUAAACAAUACUACACCCUCUACAACACCCUUAACGAUCAGAAACGUUAUAUGGAAAAGGAACUCUCAUUGCUGAAUUCCAUAUGUGAGGCCUACAAUGAGGGCAUGAUGACAACACAUGGCCGUGAAGAGUUCAUACAACAAUUCGAGCAAAUUGUAAAUGGGGUCAAGCAAACGGAACAAAAAGUUAAAACUAAAUACAACGAGGAGAAAAGACGACGUGAUAUGCUUAAUGAAGAAUUACAAGGACUGCUGGAAUUGCAGCGACAAUAUGCGGCCGCUGUUAAGCAAUUAACAAAGGAGUGUCAACGUUGCGAACAACUACAGCAGCAUUUGAAGUCUAUACGUAAAAAGUAAAAACAAAAAUUCACAGCAAUUAUAUCUAUAACAUUUUUAAAAAUUAAAUAAAAUAUAAUUCCUUGUAUACAAUGCACAAAAACUCUAACAAAACAAUCAAGCAAUAUGGUUUAAAUAAAUAAUAGCAAAUACAUAAAAAAAUAUCGUUUCUUUGUGAAAAUAUCAUAAAUAAAAACUAAAUUUAGCUCUUUAAUUAUAAUUAAAUUAGUAAAUAAUUUAUUUCUAAAUACAUAGUACCCUUAAAUAUUAAUUUGUAUUUUAUUUAUUUCAAUUAUUAUUAAUAAUGUAUGAAUAAUAAACAAACAUAAGCAUAAACAAAUAAAUAA